AUGAGCUCUUGGAUGAACGAGGCAGCCGCCGUCCAGAACCAUAAUGGCAACGGCUUCCCACACAUGAACGACCCGAACAACAUUGGAGGACCAGCCGGCGGCAUGAUGGAUCCUUCGGCAUUCAUGGCCAAUGGCCAAUUCAAUCCCGCCGCCGCCGCCGUUCAAUAUCCCAACCCACAACAAAUGGCUGCCGCGAUGCAGAAUGGCCCCAUGCGCAACGCCUCGCCUUCCUUCCAGAACCCCGUAUACCAGACCAACCCCGUCAUCCCGUCCAAACGCCCGAGGCCGCGAGAGGACAGCAUGGGCGCUUCGCCCCGCCAGAAUCCGGGUAUGCUACCGACGUCGCGCGCCGACACGCCUCAGCAGGCGCCGUAUCCCGGCUUCCAGCCCACCGCCAUGGGACCCAACUCGAGCACCGCUCAACAAUACCCUCACCUCUAUCCCAACGGUUCCGCUACUGCGUCACCAUCCCCCGUCAUGGCGGGAAAUCAGCUGCGACCCGGAAGCGUGCCUCAACGCGUGAACACCGCGUCACCACAUCCUUUCUCUCCUGCCUCGCAACAGUUCGGUCCUCAAGCAUCACCAGUUCCUUCGGAGCAUGGUGGCACGCCUCAGCCCAACCCCUACAUGCAGAAUCAAACCGUCCCGCAAGGGUACAACCCGAACUUCCAACCCUCCCCCUCGCCAGCGCGACCCCCUUCCGGCCAGAAUCCGAUGCCACAGCAGAUGAUGCCACAACCAAUGGGUCAGAUGUCGCAGCAGAUGCAGCAAAUGGGCCAGAUGCAACAGAUGCACCCUAGCCAGUUGGCCCAGAUGCAGCAGAUGCAAAUGCAUCAAUUACAGCAACAGAUGCAGGCAGGAGGACGCGGCAUGGACCCCAAGAUGAUGCAGCAAAUGCGCAUGCAAGCUCAGGCCCAGAUACAGCAGCAAUUUAAUCAAGGGCGCGGCAUGAUGCCCAAGCAGGGUGGUCCUAUGCCCAAUGGGCAGAUGCCCCAGGGCCAGAUGCACCCCCAACAGCCGCAGUUACCGCGGAGUACAAACCCUGAAAGUUUCAUGAAGAAUUUGAGCAACUUCAUGAGCAUACAUGGCCUCCCGUUGGACGCGAACCCCUCGAUAGGAGGUCGGCCCCUCCAUCUCUUGCAGCUGUUUAUGAACAUGGGCAAGUUCGGCUAUUAUCGUAUCGUUGCCCAACGCAACUUGUGGUCACAGGUCGCGGCAUCAGUCGGGUUUCACCCGCAGCAGUUUCCGUCGGCUCCUGCACAAGUAAAGGCCAUUUACGAGCAAAAUCUAUUGAAGUUCGAGGCUGCAUGGAUGAAGCAAAGGUCGGGCAACCAGCAGAUGCCUAGCCCAGCUGGGGCGCCUGGAGGACCAGGUCAGGGGACACCGCAACGGAUGGGUCCCCAAGGACAAAUGCAGCAGGGUCAACAUAUACAGCCAGGACAACAGCCUCAACUCCAGCAGCCGCAUGCCCCAACCCCGUCUAAGCAACUGGGUCCGGGAAUGCCGCAGCCGAGUGUCAAUGGCUUCUCAACACCGCAGCAACCGCAAAUGGUCCACCAGCAAUCGAACAUGGCCCCCAACCACGCGAGAAACAGCCUGUCUAGGAGUAUCGAGGCCACGCCUGUGGCAGGAGACAUAUCCAUGCCGUCGCCUUCAAUGGGAGUCAAACCCGGCCACAUGGCGGUACAGCCUCGUCACACACAAGCCGAGGCGAUGCCAACCCAUGGGGUUGCUAGUGUUCCCUUCCCGGCGCCGCCACCACCAUCCAAUCCCGAUGAAUAUGAACCCAAGUCCCGAGACAUGACAGAGCACUUCUACGGCGGGUUGGACGUUGAAUCCCUGAAAAAGCUCGGUGACGAGUUGGAACAGUGGCGACCGAACGUACCUCCACCGCUGGAGUUGGGGCUCAUAGAUAUACACGCCCUAACUAAGAGUCUUCAAUGCGGAAUCCUUGGGGAGGUCCGCCUGGCCCUUGACACGCUGGCAACUGUGACACACGAAGGAGCGCGCAACCAGGGUCUACUCAUCGAUCUCAAGUACUGCGAUGAUCUUGUGGAGUCGCUCAUCGAUUGCGCCGAAGAACAGGUAGACGCUCUGGCUGAUGGCUCAACCCCUAUAUCGGAUGAAAUAGAUUUAGGUUCAUACGAAGAGGUCAUAAGGCUGUGUCGCGUUGAGCAGUUGGCCCUGCAGAGGGUACCGGUCCUAGGAGACCUCGAGUAUGAGCUGGAGCAUUCUGCGGAUCGCUUGAUCGCCAUUACUACCAUUCUCCGCAACCUCUCUUUCUUCGAUGGGAACCAUUCAAUCCUUGCUGAUGAGCAGGUCAUCAAGUUUAUCUGCGGCAUCAUCCGGUCGCUGGGCACUCAUGAGAAUCUUCUUCGGUCACCAAAGAACACGCUGGACUUUAUGAAAGAUAUCAUCAUCUUUCUUUCGAACGUUUCGGGUUCUAUCGAGCUUCCUGGCAGAGAGCAAGCAUUCUGUCUACUGCAAUUUUUGCUAUCAUUCGCACCCACACCGGCCCCAGCCAUGUCAGCCGACAAAGUUGUUUUCCCGCCAUUCGAGCCCGCAAUACACAUUUAUCUACCCAAUGCGGUGGACUCCCUUGCUAAGCUCCUGGCGCGAGAUGAGCCUAACAGGACGCACUACAAGACCAUCUUCGCCGCGGACGCAUCGGCUUCCCCACCUUGCGAGCUCAUGACGCGCACCUUUGCUCUUGCCAUUGCACCCAUACCCGACCAGAACAAGGAAAGCAGGCCCGCGAAUCUCCCUUCGUUCGUCGAAGCGCGCAAACCCAUCAUGAUGCAAGGCUUGCUCGCCGCCGACAUCAUCGCUUCCUUGGCGCCGGGCUACGAAAGUGGUGUUACUCGGGCCUGGCUCUCGUCUGGCGAAGGCUUUGCUCAAAACCUCCUCCGUUUAGUUCGCAUCCUCUGCAAUCAAUCCGAGCCGACACAGCCUCCCACCCGCAAUGCCCGUGUACAACAGCGUGAGGACACUGAUGUACUUCAUAUCAUCACAUGGGGUGUAUCAACGCUCAAGAGGCUGACGGAGAAGGCACGCGACCCCAACAGCCCCAGCAGCAUACCACCGAACUCAGUUCCUACAAGGGAAGGCCUCUUUGAUGCCCUGCAAAUGAAGAGUCCGAAGUGGAGUAUAUUGCUCAACCAACUAUGUGCCUAUGCCGGGUUGGAUUAG